GCGGGGAGGCAGCCCUGCCCAGAUCGGCGGGGCGAGCGAGCCAUGUCCGAGUUCCAGAUUUCCGUGGAGGCGCUCAACGACCUGCUGGCGAACGGGAGCGGCUGCUACAGCCUCCCCAGCGCGCACAGCAACGAGGUGGUGCCCCGCAUCCACGUGGGCAACGCCUUCAUCGCAAAGAAUAUUAUGCGGCUGCAGCGUUUGGGGAUCACGCACGUCCUGAAUGCCGCUGAAGGCAGGUCUUUUAUGCAUGUUAACACCAAUGCAGAGUUCUACGAAGGCACCGGCAUCACGUACCACGGCAUCAAGGCCAAUGACACUCAAGAGUUCAACCUCAGCCGUUACUUUGAGGAGGCAGCUGAUUUCAUUGAUAAGGCGCUUGCUCAGAAGGAUGGCCGGGUGUUUGUCCACUGCCGUGAAGGCUACAGCCGCUCACCGACGCUGGUCAUCGCUUACCUCAUGCUUCGGCAGAACAUGGAUGUCAAGAGUGCCGUGAGCAUGGUCCGGCAGAAGAGGGAGAUUGGCCCUAACGACGGCUUCCUGAGGCAGCUAUGUCAGCUCAAUGAGCGAUUGGUAAAGGAGGGCAAGGGUAAUCUAGGCAUGCUUUGUAAUUCCAUCUCUUCGUCUUCAGCAGCUGUGAUGAGUUGUGAAUUAAAACACAGAAAUGAUUUGUGGCUCUAUAAGGCCAAGCUUGUGUCAUUUCUCUCUCAUGGAGGUGGGGUUAUCAACUCCGGGUGAGGAAAUUUCUAGAGAUUUGGGCUCUGC